AAGCCACUUAAAAGAAGGAUGUUUUCACAAUUGCUCACCCUCUCUCUGCUGCUGGGAAACAUAGCAUCAGCAUCAGGCCAGGUGAGCAGAGCAGAGCCUGCAGCAUCCAGGGAUAUCAUCACCUUUUUCCAGCUGGCUCAGGAAGACUCUUGGGAGAAUGUUAAUCUCACCAGCAUGUCUUGUGAGGAUCAGAAGAACAGAACCUGGAUCACCCUGCAGCUGACCAACUGCAGCCUGACAGCUUUCCCCAUCUGCCUUCCAGAUGCCCUGGAGACCUUGGAUCUCAGCAACAACCUCUUAGAAGAGGUGAAUGGCACAGAGAUAGCAAACCUCCCACGGCUGCGCAUCCUCUCACUCAGGCAGAACCAUCUUUGGUCAGUUAGAUGGGGAUCUGAAUCCCUCAGCAGUCUCCUCUCCCUGGACUUAAGCUUUAAUAAACUAUCAUCUGUGCCAUCAUGCCACAGUUCUGCCUUCCCUAACUUGAAGUGGUUGUCUCUGGCUGGAAAUCCACUGGUUGAAAUCCAGCCACUGGCUUUUUCUUGUUACCCUCAGCUACAGUUCUUGAACCUCUCCGCAACGCUGCUCGGGCAGGAUGACAGCAGAGGAAUUAGUGAGUCUGCUUUUGCCAUCAGCACAUCUCCCAGUGAGGCUACAAAUGGGCCUGGAAGCACCAUCAACAUGCUUGAUCUGAGCAGGACCUUUCUUGAGAAAAUUCAACCAGAGUGGACCAGAGACUUGCACAACCUCAAAUCACUUCACCUGACAAAGAUGUCACAAUUAAGAAGCCUUGAUACUGACUUUUUGAAGUCCACACCCAGUCUCCAAGAGCUGAACUGUCAAGACUCCCACUCACUGAGUUUUGUGAGGACAGAGAUAUUUGACAGUGUUUCUCAUCUGAGUCAUCUCUUGUUUCAGAACUGUAACCUGAGUUCCUUUAAUCCCUGGAAUGCCAAUUCACCAGAUAGCAUCAUCGUCAAUUUGUAUGGAAAUCCCCUGUCAUGCGACUGCCAGCUCUCCUGGCUGCUCUCCAAACCCAAGAAAGUGGUGCUGCAAAUGGCUUCAGAGACGUUUUGCAACACAUCCCAGGAAGACUGGAGCAGACCUGCAACAUCUUUUUCACUGCUAGAGCUGUACAAUAAAUGCCAGUCUGAGAGAAACACUACAUUGCCUGAUUCAAGCACGCUUGCUACUGAACAUGAUGCUUUCAGCCUUAUCAGUUACAAUGCCACUGCUGUAGUAACAACAGACUCUGCUCUGCUAACCAAAGACACUUACAGCAGCUCCCUAAUUCAGAGGAAUAUAAUGAGCACGACAGCAGCCAGCCCAACUGAGACUAUGCUCACAAAGGCAAACAGUUCCCAUGAGGCUGAGGCAGUUUCUGAACCCACAAGCAAUCCACCUUCCUUCUCAUCUAUAACCACCUCCCCUGGUUUUGUCAAAGAGCUCUAUAGUCAGUCUUCAGAUUAUGGCUUCACAAGUAAAACUGCAACAGAUCAGCACAAAAGAGAGCUCAGAACAAUCAAUGCAACGAUUCCCCAGGAAGGCCCAUUCAACCAGCCCACCAGUGAGUAUUCUACUAGAGCAACAGAAAAUCCCAAUGCCACUGAUCAUUAUGUUCACUCCUUUGCCAUUCACGCUGGGGAAGGUACGACACAAACAAGCUCAUCACAGCUGAACUCCACAAGAACCAAUGCUCAGUCAAAGUCUGCACCCACCAGAUCGCUGAUACACUAUGUAGAUGACUAUGAUUAUGAUGGACAGUCAACAGAAACCCCAGUUCAACUGGCAUACAUCUCCUGUGACUACAAUCCUUGCAGGCACCUUCAGAGGCCAUGCAGGGAACUUCAGAAGGCAUCCCAGUGUUUAUGCCCUGGCAUGUCAAGGGAAGAUGAGGUUCCAGAUCCACCAAGACUCGCAGAGGUGUCUGAAGUUACAGAUAGCUCUGCACAGAUACGCUGGUGUGCCCCAAAUUCAGUUGUUCACACCUAUGAGCUGAUGCUUCAUGUCCAAGGCGAGGAGGACAGACAGUUUGUCCUGGACAAUAUUUAUUCCACAGCAAGACAGUACACUCUGUAUAAUCUAUUACCAUACACCACUUACCACAUUUGUGUGACUGCUUCAAACAAAGCAGGAUCAAGCCAGACAAUAAAGCAGGAAGUUCUGGGUAACUCAUGCACCAGAUUUAAAACAAAACCCAGCUACAAGAUUAUCUUUGUUGCUCUGUCUGUAGCAAGUGGACUCCUUCUCAUUUCCACAAUUAUUUUGUCUGUCUGUCUGUAUAAGAAAUGUAAAAAGCCUCAGAGUGAGCAAUAUGGUACACACUUAGUCUCUUAUAAGAACCCAGCAUUUGAUUAUCCGUUAAAACUACAAACAACUGAUUAG